AUUAAAUCAAUCGGAUACUUUCUGGUUGCCCUAGGAAGACGAUUGCCUUCGUUCGAGCCUUUCUCCAGUUACAUAUUCAUGCCCGCUCAAAAGUUCUGAAAGGAAACAUCCGAGGAGUCAUCAUACCUGCGGCGCUCGAAAGGUCCGAACUUUACCUCUGGCGCCAUGGAAGUCUCUCCGGCAGCUCCCAAGCCCAAGUUCUCCGUAUAUCAGAAUCCCGCCUUUUCUGCAGCCCUUAACUCCACCAGCCUUCGCCCUUCGACAGCUACCCUCCUCCUCAUCUCCGCAUCUUUCCUUGCCGCCUCCGUAGCCUUCCUCACGAUGUCCUCCUGGGAAGAAGUGCUCGUCAAGAGAUUAGCCGGAUUCGACAUUUUAACUGGCACAACGUUCCUGGUUUCCAAGGCCUUACAUGCUGCGAUUGCCUUGGUGUUCUUAGCUACUUUGUCAGCUUUCAUCAGGGCUUUGUCUGUGCUUAAUGUCAGGAAGGCUUUGGCUGCAUCCUCGUCCAAGAAAGCUACUGAAAAUCAGAAAAUCCUUACUGAUCGCCAGUUAAGAUUAUUGGGUUUGAAGCCAAAGCCGACUGAUAAGAGUGAAAAGUCCGAUUCUGUUAAGAUGCCUCCAAUGUCUAAAUCUGUUUCUUCUCCGCCGAUGUCAGAGCCCUUAGUCCCAAUUCGAAGUUCAGCUUCCAACUGCACUCCUCGCUCAUUACGAAGCAGGUCUGAUCAGCAGAUCUCCAGUGCAGGAAGGAACACAGUAGUGACAGCCAAAUCUCCUUCUUCAACGCCUUAUAAAUAUGCCUCCUCACCAGCAAUCCCGUGGUCUAGGCAUAGCCCUGGAAGUGCUAAAGGAAUAUUAACAGAAGAAAAGCUGGAGGAGUUCUUGGCAGAUGUUGAUGAGAAGAUUAAGCUGUCAGAGGCUAAAGCAGAAGGCACUCUUUCACCUACAGUCAGUGGGUUUGGAAUUGUCAGCCCUAGCUCUAUUUUGAGCUCAAGUAAUGCUUCUGGUGCUGCCAGAAGCACACCACUGAGGCCAGUUCGCCUAUCACCUGGUUCGCUUCAGAAGUAUUCACCCCCAAAGAAGGGAGAAGGGGAGGUCCCUCCUCCAAUGUCUUUGGAACAAACAGUAGAGGCUUUUGAGAACUUAGGUGUUUACCCUCAAAUUGAACAGUGGCGGGAUUGUCUCAGGCAAUGGUUUUCUUCGGUUCUAGUCAAGCCACUUCUUGAUAAGAUUGGGACAAGUCAUAUUCUGGUUAUGCAAGCAGCAGCCAGCCAUGGUGCAAACAUUACCAUAAGCCAAGUUGGUAGUGAACCCAAUAAUACAACAAUGCCUGUUAAUGCAUCACCAGUUUAUGAGAUGAGGGAGUGGCAACCCACAGUUACUUUAGAUGAAGAUGGAUUUCUUCAUCAAUUGCAUGCUUCUCUUGUGCAAGCACGUGACCGAUCAGUGUCAUGGCCGCCAGUUUCGGGUCAGCAGCAACAACAAAUUGCAUUACUUCCUCUCAUACAACAGUGUUUAGAUGCCAUCUCUGAGCACCAGAGGCUAAAAACACUGAUGAAAGCAGAACUAAUUAAGGGUUUGCUUCCUCAAAGCACUGUACCUGCAGAGUUUACUGUUCACAGAGUCCGGGAGCUCGCCGAAGGUUCAUGCUUGAAGAAUUUUGAUUAUAUUGGACAUGGGGCUGGCUUUGACAAAACAGUCGAAAAAUGGACCACCGAUGUUCCAAGUGACUCGUACUUGUUGUUAUACCUAUUCUGUGCUUUUUUGGAGCAUCCCAAAUGGAUGUUACAUGUUGACCCAACAUCCUACUCUGGCGCCCAAUCAAGCAAGAAUCCUCUGUUCUUGGGAGUUCUUCCUCCAAAAGACCGGUUUCCUGAAAAGUAUGUGGCAAUUAUCUCUGGUGUCCCAUCUAUUAUACACCCAGGAGCUUGUGUGUUGUCCAUUGGGAAACAAAGGCCUCCAAUUUUUUCCUUGUACUGGGAUACGAAACUGCAGUUUUCUAUUCAAGGAAGAACAGCAUUAUGGGAUGCUAUUUUGCUCCUCUGUCACAGGAUAAAGGUUGGCUAUGACGGGGUAGUUCGAGGAGUUCAUCUUGGUUCUUCAGCUUUCAACAUACUCCCAAUCUUUGAUUCAGAAACUGAUAGCUGAAGUAAUUGCUGUUGAAUAAUAAAGCUUCUGUUCCGCUAUUAAGUAAGCUAUGCACUGCGUAGCUUUCUCAUGUAUAGUAUCAUUCGGCAUUAGAAUUGUUCACAAACUUUUCAAACUUUGCUUCAGUUUAAUAUACGUUCUUAAUUUUGAGUUUAUAU